UACCUUCUCCUAAUAGGCUAAUAAAUCUUUCUAGUUGGAUUAACCCAAAAUCUUUACAUAUUCAACUUAUAAAUUCCAAUAACUCGAUCCAGAUAUCUGACAAAUUUUCACAACUUUCAGGCAAUGAUUUGGACUUUAGAUCGCAAACCCACUUUUAAUGUUCCUUAUUUUUGAUAUUCCAAGAAAUUAUUAUGGCAGCCAAUUUUGGAUCUUUAAGACAAAGUUUUGUCGAGAGAGGGAGAGAAAAAUUGCUGUCCAGAAAAUAUAAUUCCGACGUAGAAUUUGAUGCAUCCUAUAAUGGACAUGAAGGUUGUUUACAUUGGUUGUUUCGAUCGGCCCAGGAAAAAUUUUCUAGAUGGUGUAGCAAUGUUCAAGAAACUGCGGCCAAGGCUUAUAAGAUGGGUCGUUCCGAUCCAAGAAAAGUGGUGUUUGCAGCUAAAGUCGCCUCUGCUCUUUCGCUUGUUUCAAUCCUUAUUUUCCUCAAAGAACCCCUUCCUUAUAUUGGCAAACACUCCAUCUGGGCCAUCCUUACUGUUGUUGUCGUGUUCGAGUUCAGCAUAGGAGCUACGCUGAACAAAGGACUUAAUCGCGCACUGGGGACAAUAUCGGCUGGAGCACUGGCUCUGGGCAUUGCUGAAUUGUCAUUAAUGGUGGGGAAAUUUCAAGAAGUUGUGAUCGUGAUCAGCAUUUUUAUUGCUGGUUUUUUUGCAAGUUAUUUGAAGUUGCACCCUGCGAUGAAGCAAUACGAAUAUGGAUUUAGAGUCUUCUUGUUGACAUUUUGUAUUGUACUCGUAUCUGGCACUUCAGAUUUUGUGCAAACAGCUGUUUCUAGACUACUUCUAAUUGCACUUGGAGCUGGUAUUUGUUUACUUAUUAAUUUAUGUGUUUAUCCCAUUUGGGCUGGCGAGGAUCUGCAUAAAUUGGUGGUGAAAAAUUUUAAGGGCGUCGCCACUUCGUUGGAAGGUUGCGUCAAUAUGUAUUUGCAAUGUUCUGCGUAUGACAGAAUACCCUCGAAAAUUCUCGUCUAUCAGGCUUCUGAUGAUCCAUUGUACACUGGAUAUAGAGCUGCAGUAGAGUCUACAAGCCAAGAGGAUUCUCUGCUGGGUUUUGCCAUAUGGGAACCACCUCAUGGCCGUUACAAAAUGUUCAAUUAUCCCUGGAGUGAAUACGUCAAAGUUAGUGGUGCACUAAGGCACUGUGCAUUUAUGGUUAUGGCUAUGCACGGAAGUAUCCUUUCCCAUAUACAGGCACCAUUUGAACUACGACAGGUUUUUAAGAAUGAGAUUCAGAGGGUUGGAAAUGAAGGUGCUAAAGUGUUACGAGUGCUUGGAGAAAAAGUACAAAAGAUGGAAAAACUAGCCCCGGGAGACUUCCUCCAGGAUGUUCAUGCUGCUGCUGAGGAUUUGCAACUGAAGAUUGAUGAAAAAUCUUAUCUUUUGGUAAAUGCAGAGAGCUGGGAAAGUGUAAAACGGCCUGGGAAAUUUAAAGACCCUGAGCACCUUCAAGAUCUCAAGGAUAACGAAAGCAAACCAUUAGUGAUAAAUUCCCUUAGUGCAAUCAAUCUGAAAUCAACCUACUCUUUUAAAAACUACGAUCUGCAGAAUCCAAACAUGAGCACCAAUCUCUCUGUUUCUCAAUGGGGUUCCGGAGAAGAUAUGCUCAAACACCAAACAUUGUGGCCAUCAAGGCUUUCACUUAUUGGCGAUACCAUUCUCAACGAGCGUGAAGUACGAACAUAUGAAAGUGCAAUUGCAUUGUCACUCUCAACAUUUACAUCUCUGUUGAUUGAGUUUGUGGCUAGGCUUCAGAAUCUCGUGGAGUCAUUUGAAGUACUCAGUGAGAAAGCAAAAUUCAAGGACCCCAUAAUUUCGACCGAAACAAAAGUAGAACCUGGUUGUUGGGACUCGUUUCUCAAGCGAAUAUGCUGCAAGGAUUAAUGUAGCCGUCUUCUAUUCGUCUAAAUGUUAUUAUUUUGACUCUUGUUCCGUGUUGUCAAAUCUUUAAGGUGGCCGUUGAAGAUACAUAUGACAUAUUUGGUAGGAAGGAUUUGACAGUAUUUGAUAGUGUCAGAAGAGGAAAAUAAGCUAAACUCUGUUCAUUGUAACAAAAUUCUAUGUGCAUACCAAAUACAUGCAUGUAGGAUUUUAUUAAGUUAGUGGUUUGUCUUGUUAGACGAAACUGAGGGGGGUUGUUUUGUAUGUAGGUGGCUAACAGUUCUCAAAAUAAUGUGUUAAUAUGAAUGAUCAAGGCACUUGAUUUUUGCUCAAGGAGUGGGUGUUUUGUAUGUAGGUGGCUAACUGUUCUCAAAAUAAUGUGUUAAUAUGAAUGAUCAAGGCAUUUGAUUUU